ACGCCAUUGAAAGUGUAUAUUCUUUCAUUGCGAGAAUGUCCGAAAUGUCUUCCAUCGAACAGGUGUCUCUGUCUCUCAGUGUAGAGCGAAAUGCAAUCGCGCCCGCGACAUGUGCGAAUAAGAGUCGUCUCGAACGCGAUUUACAAGCUGUUCGUGAACAUGUCGAAGCGUUCUUUGCUUCCGCAAGCAUUCCAAUACCUAUUCAUCAUCGCAUGUCGCCAUUCAAUAUCUGCAUUACACAGGAAUUUGCACAAAAGCUCGAAGUUAUACAUCGUCUACUCGAUCGGGCCCUUGUAGACAUUGUGGAACGAUGGUUUACCGAUAAACAGGCCGACUUCCCGUCUCGAAUGCCUUUGGAACCCCACGAAGAAGAGGUACUUGGAUGGAUCAGUAAUCAGGAAUAUAGUGAAUCGGACUUGGGAAAGAGGCUGAACUUUGGUAAAUGUUCGGGCAUGUGGAGAACGGAUAUUUUGUUUGAGGACCGCAAUGUCGAACAACCAACAAUCUGCGAAAUAAAUGCGCGCAUUCCGUUUAAUGGGUUCUAUGUUACUGGUUUGCAUCGUAAAGCAACAAUGACAUUUGGAGCAAACCAAAUUGGCUUCGAUCCACCGAGCGAUCUCAAGGACACGAGGGAGGUACUAUUUGACUGUUUUGAUCGAUCAAAACCGAUGUUCCAUAUUCUCAAGAAAUGGCCCGGAGUGGAUUCGCGCUUAUUUGGCUGCGACUACAAGCAGGCCACUGGUCAAGGAGUAGUGCAGAUUGAGCCAUCCCAGUUGCAGCUAAAAGUAGACGAUAAUUCGCCGACAGGAUGGUCUUUGUACGCGAACGUCAGCGGGAACGAUGGGGAGACGUCUGGUCUACUCAAAGUCGAGCAAUGUGCCGUUGAAUUGUUUCAAGAGGAAUUUGCUAAGAUAGAUCCCGCCCUUUUGAAGCAGUUGGCUACGUGCAGUGUCAAUGACUUUCGUACCAUCUUCUUGAUCCACGACAAACGUAUACUUGGUAUUGUCCGUGAUGAAAUUGCGAAUCUAGUGACAAGACACGUGCUUUCAGCAGAAGAAGGGAGAAUUCUGCAUGACAGUAUUGCGGAGACCAUGACGCCAGGAUCGCAGGAGCUCAGGCAGCUACUCGAAGGUACCAGACAAGAUCCCCUCGCAAAGAACGACUGGAUUGUUAAACCGGUACGAGAUGCAUCAUGUAAUGGCAUCCGUCUUGGUGGGGAUAUGGAACAAGAUGAAUGGGUAUCAUUGUUGGAACGAUUGUCCAACAAACCCCUCUUGCCCGCGAGUGACGAUGCAUAUGUGGUCCAACGACUAGUUCAGCAUGCAAUGUACGACAUCGUUCGGCACGACGUGGCCGUUACCAAGACAGAAAAAUUCCAUCUCAUCGGGUCUUGUCAUAUGAUUAAUUCGCAGUCGUUCAUCUUUGGGCCUUGGAGGAUCGGCGACAAGGUCCAUGUUGGACUCGGUCCAGACGCUCGCGGGAUCGUUAUGAGCUGUGUCGUGAAACCUGCUGACUUGAAGCGUUUAGAUGCCAGGAAGAAAGAAGAAUGAAUCUGGUUGGAUAGACGAACAACUCAAAUUUCUAAGUACAAUAGUACUAGGCGUACUAUUUGCGGAAAAUAGCUAUGUUCGUCUUCACUGUC